AUGGGCUGCUUCCUCGGCUGCUUCGGGGGCGCCAAGUCCAAGAAGGAGCGCCGCCACCGCCGCCGCAAGCAGCGCUCCCCCUCCCACUCCCCCUCCAAGGCCGCCCGCGACGCUGAGGCCGCCGCCGCCGCCGCCCCGCUCCUCGCCACCCUCCUCGAGCUCAGGGAUUCGGCCGAUGACCUGUGCCUGGCCGUCGUCGCCAAGAAGAAGGUGACGUUCGACCCCAACGUCACGGCCUACGACGCGCCGCCCAUACCCGAGGGAGGAGAGGAGGCGACUGAGGCGGAGGAGGAGGAGGGCCGCGCCGCGGCGAAGGCCGAGGAGGCGUGGACGCUGCUGGGGCCCGAGUGCGCCAAGUCCGAGGCGUUCCCGCUCAACCACAGGUACGGCAACUGCGCCGGCGCCGACGACGACAGCGACUACGAGGACUGCUACGACGACGACGACGAUGAGUACGAGUACGAGGACGACGACGAGGAGGAGGACGAUGAUUUGGACGGCAUCGACGAGUGCGCGGUGGACGACGACGAGGAGCACGGCGGGCUGCUGGGCAUCGCGCGCGGCGAGGAGGACGCGUGCGACUCGCUCUUCCUGCUCCCGGCGCCCAAGACGUACGCCAAGGACAAUGCCGCUACCGGCGCCGGCCAGACUGGUGCCGCAGCUGAGGCGCCCGCAGCCGAGGUGCUCAACUCGGUGGAGAACUUCAGCCAGUGGAAGGACGCCACCAAACCUCACACAGCCGUGACAAAGGAUUCAGAGAAGGAGAACUUGGUCACUCUCUCCGACGACCCGGCGACCGCCCCGGCCAUGAAGCAAGAGAAGCCGGCGGUGAGCUGGGACUACACCCCCAGGACGCCGAGCAAGCAGGAGGCCUCGGUGGACGCGAGCCUCUCCACGUGGCUGGGCUCCUCGGGGACGCCGGAGAGCAACUACUCGGUGCGGUCCUACUCACCGAUCAGCCGGGAGGACCGGCCCAUCCUCGGCGCCCUCACCGUGGAGGACAUCAAGAUCUCCUCGGCCAACUCGUCGCCGAGACGGUCGCGGUCCCCGAGCCCGAGCCCCGACGACAUGCCGAUCCUCGGCACCGUGGGGGCCUACUGGAACUGCAGCGGCGCCAAGGGCGGCAGUGAUGAUUCAGUGACGAGAGGCGGGUUCAUGAAGACCAGGAGCAGAUUUGGGCAGGUGAGCUCUUAG